CUUGGUGGGGUCGCUCUAGAGUAUGAGGUUACCAUGCCAACAAAGUUCAUGGUUGGGACAGAGCAAGGCUCAGUGCUGUCAUGCAACCGUAAAGCUAAGUCACCAUCAGAGAAGAUAGUGGCRACAUACUCCCAGCAUUAUGGACCGGUAUAUGCUGUCCAGCGAAAUCCUUUCUUCCCUAAAAAUUUCCUAACAAUUGGAGACUGGACAGCAAGGAUUUGGUCAGAAGACUUGAGAGAAUCCUCUAUUAUGUGGACCAAGCAAGACAUGUCAUACAUGACUGAUGGCUGCUGGAGUCCAACAAGACCAGCAGUGUUCUUUACCACAAAAAUGAAUGGUACAUUAGAUGUAUGGGACUAUCUGUUUAAACAGAAUGAACCAACACUUACUAUACAGGUAUGUGAUGAAUCGUUGAACUCCAUCCGAGUCCAGGAUCAUGGACGAUUGGUUGCUUGUGGUUCUCAUUCUGGUACUGUCACCCUUCUUGAGUUAUCUGAUGGUUUAAGUAACAUUCAGCGUAACGAGAAAUCCUCCGUAAACGCGAUGUUUGAGCGAGAAACCAAACGGGAAAAAAUUCUAGAGACAAGACACCGAGAAAUGAGACUGAAAGAGCGCUCCAAAAGCUCCCAGGACAAGGAGCAUGAGGAGAAACCAGAAGACGACGAAGAAGAAGACAUGGUUGCUAAAGCAGAAAAAGACUUUUUCUCGAUUGUAGAAACAGAGAAAAAAGCUCGUGAGGAAGCCGAGGCCAAAMGAGAGGCAGCCAUCUCCGAGGUGAAGAAAGGAAUCGCCCAGGAAGGCACAACACAUGAAGAAUAUCAAGAAAAUGGUGAACCAGAACAAAAAGAGAUUUCCGAAGAAGCUUCGUCAGAGCAGCCCGCUGAGUAAUUGUUMCCCGUAACAUGUUAGGGAAGGAAUUGCUACGUAAAUAUGCCGGUGUAAAUGAUGCAAGAAUAUAACUGCUGCGUUUUAUUUAUGUACAAAUAAUCGUCAGUUAUUAUUAACCUUUCUAGGUGUUCCUAAAAUUAUUUCUUUUUACAAAUAUAAAUAAAGUUUUGUAUAUAUCAAUC